UGUUAUUUUUUUCUUUUGGGACAGGCUCUCGCUAAGUGGCCCAAGUUGGACUUGAACUUGCAAUCCUCCUGCCUCAGCCUCCCGAGUACUGAGAUUACAGGUGUGCGCCAUCACGCCCAGACCAUGAUUCUGCUUCUGAGGAGCAGCGUCCUCUCAUCUAGCAGCUGUGAGAUUCGGGCACUAACUUCUGUACCUCAGUUUCCCCACCUGGGAAGCAAGGCUAUGAGUCCCCUUCCAAGGGUGGCUGUGAGGACCACUUAGGACAAAGUGUGCAGCCCUGGGGUCCUCCGCGGCCCUCGGUGGUGGGUGUGGGGACAGCUCCUUGGGGCCCUCUGUCCUCGCGCGGGCUGCAGGCUGGGGGAGGCGGGCACAGAGCCCGACUGGCUCUGCUGACAGUGCAGCCUCCUCCCUGAGCUCAGGCAUCUCAGGGAAAUCCCUUUAAUGCCUCCAUUCUCUCCGGCAUAUAUAGGGAAGGCUGGCUCCCAAGCUCCCCACUGCUCUGCCUGAGGCCCCUGCCCAACCCGUCGUGUCGCCUGCCUACAUUCCCUGUGGCCAGAGUGGACAUGGACGUGACCAUCCAGCACCCCUGGUUCAAGCGCGCGCUGGGGCCCUUCUACCCCAGCCGGCUGUUCGACCAGUUCUUUGGCGAGGGCCUCUUGGAGUAUGACCUGCUGCCCUUCCUGUCCUCCACCAUCAGCCCCUAUUACCGCCAGUCCCUCUUCCGCACCGUGCUGGACUCCGGCAUCUCCGAGCUCAUGACCCAUAUGUGGUUUGUGAUGCACCAACCACAUGCUGGAAACCCCAAGAACACCCCCGCCAAGGCAAGGUUUGGGUUUCAGGUCCGAUCUGACCGAGAGAAGUUCGUCAUCUUCCUGGAUGUGAAACACUUCUCCCCCGAGGACCUGACCGUGAAGGUGCAGGAGGAUUUUGUGGAGAUCCACGGCAAGCACAACGAGCGACAGGACGACCACGGCUACAUCUCCCGCGAGUUCCACCGCCGCUACCGCCUGCCCUCCAGCGUGGACCAGUCGGCCCUCUCCUGCUCCCUGUCCGCUGACGGCAUGCUGACCUUUUCUGGUCCUAAGGUCCAGUCUGGCCUGGAUGCUGGCCACAGCGAGCGGGCCAUCCCCGUGUCUCGGGAGGAAAAGCCCAGCUCAGCGCCCUCAUCCUAAACCUGCCUCGGCCCGGCUGCCCCUGCGGCCCCGACCCACUGAGCCCGGGGACCACAGAAGAGGCGUCUGCCUUCUUUUCUUUGUUUCCUUUUCAUCUUCUCAGAGGGAACGAGGGUUUGAGAGAGUGCUCCGGAGGCCUCGGGCCGUGGCCUGCAGUGCCAUGCCCUUAGAACAGCCCUUGCCAGCCGUCGGGGUGGGGCCUGGUCCUGGGCACCCCCUCCGCAGGUCCCGACUGUGCCGCCCACAGUGCCGAAAAGUCUGGGCACCGGGGCUCCCGGCCUGCUCCCUCGCUUCGCCUUCCUGCACCCCUCCUCUAUGUAGUACCGCUCGGGGACCUCUGUCACCCAGAACGCAGCCCAUGGCAGCCAAUAAAGAGCAGGUGUCACAAGCAGUC